AAGGGAUGCCGUGAGCUGAACAUCCUGCAAAAACUCAGUGACUUUAAAGCGAGAGAUCUGAGAAAGUGCAAGAACCAGGCGCUUUACAGAGGAUUUAGUUUGCUUCCUUGUUUUUUUGUCGUUGAAAAAAUCUAGAUUUUGAAGGAUUUAAUAAUAUUAUUUCAGAAGUGGUUAGUGGGAGCUUUUCAGCGAGUUUCUAUUUUGGUUGAUUUGGCUUUCUGAGUAUUGGUUCAACAAGUUUACUUUCUGAAUUCUGUACUUUAGGACAUUAGAGUUGCAAGACAACAGGCUGCUCUCUUAUAUAUCUUGCAUUUAUUAGUUUACAUAGAUAACCAAGGGGUUAUCUAAAUAAGUAUUUUUGUGACUUUAAGAGUUGUUUGUGAGCUGAUAUUCUUAUGACCAUGGCUGUCCCGGAACCUGUUGCCACCCGGAGGUUGGCACUGGACUGCCGUACCCUGCUGGAUCACCGCCCGAGCCGUGGGGUGUGUGGUUGUUGUGGGGCGCUGAGGCCACGCUACAAGAGACUGGUGGACAACAUCUUUCCUGAAGACCCAGAGGAUGGGUUGGUAAAGGCUAACAUGGAGAAGCUGACUUUUUACGCCCUAUCAGCUCCUGAGAAGUUGGAUCGGAUCGGGGCGUACCUGUCUGAGAGACUGUCCCGUGAUGUGGCUAGACACCGUUAUGGGUACGUGUGUAUUGCGAUGGAAGCCCUCGACCAGCUGCUAAUGGCCUGCCACUGUCAGAGUAUCAACCUGUUUGUGGAAAGUUUCCUGAAGAUGGUGCGAAAACUCCUGGAGGCUGACAAGCCCAACCUGCAAAUCCUGGGAACAAAUUCAUUUGUGAAGUUUGCUAACAUCGAGGAGGACACUCCCUCAUAUCAUCGCAGUUAUGAUUUCUUCGUGUCGCGGUUUAGCGAGAUGUGCCAUUCCAGCUUUGAGGACCCUGACAUCCGCACCAAAAUCCGAAUGGCUGGCAUUAAAGGUCUGCAGGGAGUUGUGAGGAAGACCGUGAACGAUGAGUUGCAGGCGAACAUCUGGGACCCUCAGCACAUGGACAAGAUCGUCCCCUCGCUACUCUUCAAUCUGCAGUCUGGUGAAGGCACAGAGAGUCGCUCUCCCUCUCCGCUGCAGGCCAGUGAGAAGGAGAAAGAAAGCCCAGCCGAUCUGACUGAGCGCUGCUUUCGGGAACUGCUGGGCCGUGCCGCCUAUGGCAACAUCAAGAACGCAGUCACCCCUGUGCUUAUGCAUCUUGAUAAUCAUUCUCUGUGGGAAGGCAAAACAUUUGCAGUGCGCUGCUUUAAGAUCAUCAUGUACUCCAUUCAGUCUCAGCAUUCUCAUCUGGUCAUCCAGCAGCUCUUGGGCCAUUUAGAUGCCAACAGUAAGAGCUCAGCCACAGUGCGUGCUGGGAUAGUGGAGGUCCUUCUGGAGGCGGCUGCCAUCGCUUCCAGUGGCUCUGUUGGCCCCACAGUGCUGGAGGUGUUCAACACGCUGCUCCGGCAUCUGAGGCUCAGUGCGGACUAUGAACUCACAGGAUCCUACGACUGCACCAACAUCGGCACCAAGAUCAUCAAGGAGCACGAGGAGAGACAGCUACAGGAAGCCGUCAUCAGGACUAUCGGCUCAUUUGCAAACACGUUACCCACGUAUCAGCGCUCGGAAGUGAUGCUGUUCAUCAUGGGAAAGAUCCCUAUUCCAGGCAUGCAUUUCGCACUACCCUCUACAGGCUCAGGGCCUGAAGGAAACCGAAUGAUCCAAGUCAUGCUGUUGAAGUCCUUAAGACAGGUCACAUGUGGUUUUCAGACGACUAACAUGCUGACAGCUCUGCCCAACUCCUUUCUGGACCCAUUGCUGUCAUUCGCUCUGCUAGAGGAUGCAGAAAUUCGGCUCCUGGUGCUGGAAAUUCUGGUCAGCCUCAUCGAUCGCCACGAUAACCUCCCCAAGUUCUCCACCAUCAGUAUCAUCUCUGACAUCUCUGUGCUUAAGCUCAAAGUGGACAAGUGCUCACGUCAAGACAACCUUUUCAUGAAGAAGCAUGCGCAGCAUCUGUACAGACACAUUUACCUGUGCAGUAAGGAACAGAGCAGCGGACAGCCUCACUUUGAGAAGCUCUACUCACUCCUGGCCCUCAUCAGCAUGGAGCUGGCCAACGAAGAGGUGGUGGUGGACCUUAUCCGUGUGGCGCUCGCUCUACAGGACUUGGCACUGAGCGAUGAGGAGGCGUUACCGGUGUAUAACCGCUGUGCUGUUCAUGCCCUGUCCUCUGCUUACCUCAAUCUCAUCAGUCAGCUCACCACCGUCCCAGCGUUCUGCCAACACGUUCAUGAGGUGAUUGGAAUGAGACAAAAAGAAAUUCCUUACCUGUUACCUGAGGAUGUCUUCACUGAAAACCCAACGAUUCCUAAGACGCUGGAGAAGCUGGAAGGAGAGGUGUUGUUCCAACAGGCCAAGAUCACUGAGGUUCUUGGAGGAAGUGGCUACAACACUGAACGACUAGCUACACCUUACGUCCCACAGUUUACAGAUGAAGACCGGCUGUCAAAGAGAAAGAGUGUUGGAGAAACAAUAUCUCUCCAGGUGGAGGUAGAGUCCAGAAACAGUCCGGAGAAAGAGGAGAGAACACCAGCUGAAGAAAUCACUUUUGAAACACUGAAAAACGCCAUCGUGGACAGCGUAGGCGUGGAGGAACAGGAGAAGGAACGCAGGAGACAGGUGGUUGAGAAGUUCCAGAAGGCCCCCUUUGAGGAAAUAGCUGCCCACUGUGGUGCCAGAGCUUCAAUGCUGCAGAGCAAACUUAAUCAAAUCUUUGAAAUCACGAUCAGGCCUCCUCCCAGUCCAUCUGGAACCAUCACAUCAAGUUACGGCCAAACCCAGAGUCGCUCAGUCCCCGUUUAUGAGAUGAAGUUCCCGGAUUUGUGCGUUUACUAGUGCAGCUCAACUCAGGAUUCAGGAACCUUCAGUAGCAGCCAGAGGUGCAGAGAGCUGGAGGGUUUUAACUAUUCAAUGAUAUUUUAAAGUUAUAAUGCAGGAAAACUAAGAGGUCAUCCCUCCUCUAUCCUAUAAACCUCAUUGCUGGAUUGUCCCAUUCCCCGACCUACACUGUUACUGUACAGUGUACACAGUUUAGUGAACAUUUGAGUUUUCCCGAUGUAAAAAAUAUUCCCCACAUAUUCUUAGUUAUUCUGCUCCUCCAUAAUAAAAUCAGCUCACAUAUAUGUAUUUGGGCAAGUAUUGAAGCAAAAUUACUAACUCAACUGGGGCACAAAACCUAUUAAGAACAUGUCUGGGUUAUAUUUCUCCCCCAAAUAAAUAAGUAAAUUAUAUUUUGAAUAAAUAACAUUUAAAAAAAACUGACCUUUAAGAUUUAUUUUGCAUUGUAUUAUUAUUUUCAUGACAAAGCACAUUUACCCCAAAUUCUCAUGUUUUAUUGUAAAAAUGAUAUACAUUUAUAGUAGGAAUAUACUGUCUUUGACUAUGCUUAUUGCAGUGCUGAAUGAUGAUUACAAAUCAUUGCAUUACAGUAAUUCCUUAUUAUAAUAAAACUAUUGUAAAAUCACCAUUGAGACACAUUACAAUAUUGAGACUUUUGGAGGUAAAUAUAUUUUGAAUUGUCAUAAAAUAAUGUCACGAUGCUAAAUGGUCAAUAAAUAAUAAUAUAACCACAUUUUGUUCAGAUGCUUUUUAAAGGGGAGUUUCAUAGAAUAAAAAGGGGAAACUUCACCGCAUUGAAAGCUCUGAUGAAUUGUGACAAAACAACCUACAAACCUUUCUACCAAGAGUUUAAAUGCAAUUAGUAUUAGUGAAGUUAAUUUAUUGCACAAAAUAUCUCUGAAAUGAUUUUUACUUGUUGGUGCUAAUUUUUGUUUCUAGUAGUUUGAACAUUUAGUGAAUCGACUUUGUAUUGUUUUCUUUAAACAUUGGUAGCUAAUGUUUAUCACACAGUGUUCUGCAGUCUGUGUAGAUAUCUGAAGUUCGUAUCACUGGAGGUGUGACGCCUAACUAAGGAGCUCUUUAGUGCUCAAGGAACUAUUUAAUUCAAUUUUUCUACCCAGUACCCAUACUCAUUUGCUUAGCAUCUGUAACCUGCAAUGUAGUGCUUAUUUUUGAGUGCUUCCACACAGUCUUGUGGCAUCGGACAAUUUUUUUAAAUUAUUUUUAUUUUGUAAACAUAAGCAUAAUUUUUACUGUGUAUAUAAAGUUGCGUAUGAGAUCUAUGAAUAUAUGUAAAUAGCUGUUUAUUAGUUUUCGAAUGCUCUGGUUUAGUCCUGGUUAGGUCAUUGUCUGAAUGAGAGUGUGUAUUUCCUCAUAAUCACAAGUCAGUAUGACACCUUCAUUUUAAAAGAGUUUGCAAAAUUCGUAGCUUUGUUUUUAUGAUUGACUACUAGCUCAAGGGUUCAGAGGCAAAUGAAGAAAAACAGUCGGCAGCAUUGCCAUAAAUCACACUCCUGGUGAUUCACAUAAAGCUCUGCAAAUAUCCCAGAUUUUAGUGCUGAUCUGUGUCUCUACAUAUAAUAUUUAAAGGAUAAUUUACAGCCAGGGUUUAUUUAGCUUUUGUGUCCGUCUGACUGUACAUUAUCCUGCUUAUUACAUAUUGCUAAUAACCAAAUAAAUAAAUAUAUGGAUAUGAAAUAUAUUCAUUUCGAGUAUAAAAAGUCCAUUACAGUCAGACUAGCAACAAAACAUUCAAUGCAACAAUAUUACUAUAUUAAUUUACAUAUUACGUUUAAUCUGCAAUCCAAGUUAUAUUUUUGAUGGACUAGUUAGCUAACAUAAUUAUCUACAAUGUAACAAGUCUUCCUCUAUAAUAAGUUCUCUCUCAUCCAGCUCUCUGUAUUUCUUACCAGUUCAUUGUUCUUCCACUUAUUUCCUUGCAAAAACGAUAAACAUGCCAAUAUUAGAUUCACAGUUUAGCGGUCAUUACACAAAAUGUCUCCUGUUGGCCAAUAAGCAUCAAGUAUUUUAGAGGCUAUAUAAUAAAUUCUAUAUUUUUAUCAUUUGAUGAAAAGCAUUAUACCUGUAGGUGUAGUCCCUAAUAUUUUAGUCCCAUUAUGCGAAAGGAUUAUUUUUUUUGUAUGGCUGUGGAUCUUUACAGUGCCAUUGACUGCUGUGCUUUUUCUAGAGGAUUCUCUCUGCAUGCUGUUAUUUACAUCAUCGAUUGGUGACUGCAUACAGUAUAUGUUUUAAGUGUUACUUUUUAUGUUUUUAAGAGCAUAUUACAUGAGGCCAAGUGUCAAAACAGAUUAAAUCAUUUUUGCCUUUAAUUCAUUAUUCAUUUAUAUUACACAGAGUAGUUAUUUUAAUAAUCCGACCAGAGAUACCUAAAAAGUAAAUGCUAUGAUUCCUGUAGUCAGUAGUGUCUUUACCUCACAAGUAGACCUCCGCCGUCCUUAGUAUGCAUUUGCUAUACGAGUAUUCCCUUGAAAUGAAUCUGAAUUGUAGCUCUUGCCCCGAUUAUAUCACUGUAAAUACAUCUCACAUUUCUGAAUUUAAUGUCUGUGAGAAUGUUAAUUUUUGGGCUGUGACGUGUCAAAGUUAGUCAUUUGUUAUAAUAUACCUCUGCAAUUUAUGUCUCAUGUAUGGGGUGACUGGAGUCAAAUAUCAGUCACAAUGGAUGUUUCUUUUUCUAAUGAAUUAAAAGUUUUCCCUAUGAAAUGUUUGUGGUUAAACUGCAAAUAGACAAUAAAAAAUUUUCGAUAGAA